AUGCCUCCAAUGAACAAAAAUUCUGAUUUACAUGACGAUUCAUUUUCGCUCACCAAUUUGGACGACGAAAUAAUGGGCACCUCAACACGACGUGUCAAUGAGGAGCUUGACUACGAUAUCAACACAUCAACACUCGACCGUGCUUUCCCCGAAUUUUCGCAAAUACAGACCUCCGAAGAGGAGGAACACGAAUUGGACGACGAUCUUUCACAUAGCGAUCUUGAUAUGUCCGUUGAAGUGGGACGCGGUGCUGGAAAACCAGAACGCGACGACUCGCGCAGCUCUAUGAUGAGCUUCGAGAAUAGUGUACGCUCAUCAUCGCCCGCCAUUCGCGUUGAAUACCCCACACCACAAAAGCCAGUUGCUGCCACGCGUCCAUCGCGUCGUGCAGUCAGUGAAAACCUACGAAAGAACGCUCAGGUGCGACGAGCGACCCAAGCACAGAAAGAAACUAUGAGCCCGCAAGUCUCGAAAGCUCAACGCGACCAGCGUCGGACAUUCUCUGAUAUGCACGCGAAAGUGCGUGAUAGCUACGAGGGUUCAUUUUUGGAGGAUGAACGACCUGCUCCUAUCACCACGAAGACACGUUCGACGCGUUUUGGAAACGUAAAUACCUCGCAGGAGAUUGCAGACGCAAUUGAGCGUGCUUCGCGAGAUGCCUACGCGAAGGAAACCCGCAAAUCGACUUCCAACACCGCAGGAACUCCCCGCAAAAGCAAUGCCAAUGCAACAAACAACAACACUAUUGGCGAUACCAUGACCCAUCAAUCCUUCCUUCUUCCCGACCUCCCUAAUAUCUCUGAACUCGUCUCCGGUGUGUACGAAGAUGGCACACCCGUUUACUCCCGGCAGGGCAAGGUGCGCUCUACCCGGUUUGUGUCUCCACUUCAUGACCACACAGACGUGUCUCACCCCCAUGAGCACAUGCCGCUUGAUGCAGUACCUGUCCCCGAAGAUGAGAAGGCCUUGUUUGUUCAUUUGAGACUACUUCAGGAUAAAGUCGCGGAAUUGGAGAUGUUCAAGUCCGAAGCAGAGAGAAGAAUGGACAGUUAUCGCCAGGAGAAUUCAUCUUUGAAGGCGAACAGGCCUCGCCAGUCAUCAGCGAAAUACGAAUCAGAGGAUAAUUCGCACAGAAAGGGAUCUAAGCGCUUGGAAAAUGAGAACCAGAAGUUAGACGCUGCCAAUCUCGCUUUGCAAAACCAGUUGGAUAUUGCCGAUCGAAAGGCCCAGGUCCAGGAGUCUGCCAUCAAGCGCUUGAACCACGACAGAGAGUCGGCUAUCUCGCAACUUGGGGCCGCUUAUCUCGAAACUCGAGAGCUGAAGGCUGAGAACGAGGAACUGCGACAGGAAAAUGCAGAACUCAAGUCCCAGCUCAGCCGAACCUUGGGCCGCAAGGCUCGCGAACAGGACACCGUCGAGUCCGAAGCCAGUUCAGCCGUGUCUGAUGAUGUCGACGACAGCCAAUCUUACACCGACCCCAGUGGGGACGUUAGUCGGAGCACCAGGGACAUUACAUCGAAGAGCAACCGCUCCAAUACGAGAACCAGACGCCAGGAUGACUCCCGCUCUAAAGUGUCUACCCAAGUGGAUAAGGAAAUUUCUCGCCUUGAAAAGCAACGUGCCGAUGAGGCUCUCUUCUCUAUUGAGCUGCCAUCAUCAAGACGUACGUCAACCUCUAAGCCAUCAAAGUCAGCUGUGUCCCGCUCUGCUGAGUCUAAGAGCUCCCGCAAACAACCCAGCUCGAGCAAACAGCGCGUGAAGCGAGUGGUAGUUGAAGAUGUGACUGGACCGGAGGUGCCUGAGCAGACCAAGGCUUCAUCCGAAACAGACGUUACCUUGUUGAGUGUCAUUGAUGAGCAUGAAAUCUCUCGUCUACGCAAGACAUUGGAAGAAGAAAGAAUGAUCCGCAAGCAACGACGCUCGAGUGCCCCUAAGGAACCCAAUCCUACAGAGACCGUCAACUCGACUAGACAGAGCAUUUUGAAAACUCCUGCCCCCCGCAAGUCAUCUCUUCGUGAAUCCAAAGCAGAAAUCCCUCGCCCAGCCUCUGCUACUGGAGAUAUUACCACCGCCUCAAAGGCCAAUACCGAUGGAGACAGUAGUCUCACAGUACCAAUUGCCGAGCGUUCUCGGCGUCAUUCAGAAAAUUCGCUGCCCGCAGCAGCCCAGCGCAGGAAGCAGCGAAAUGCCACUGACAUGACCUCCGCUUUCAUCCUUCCUGAUAUUACCCUCCACCACGUCGACCUGGCGGCCGCUGAUCCAUCCAAGUUGCCACAAGCCACCCAAAAAGCAUUGGAUAACAUUGCUCGACACAAUGGACAGAACUGCACAGUUUGCAACGGUCACUCCGCUGACGGCACCUGCAACCACGGGUCUGUGAAGGUCGCUAAGCCCAUCCCUGUGUCAGAGCGUAUGCCCAAGCCAUCCGUCUGGAACGAAGAACCAACUAUGCGCCCCUCGCAACCCCCUGCUGUCGCUCUUGCUACUGUUCUUAAGGGCCUGGAGGACGAACUUUCUCACCUAAAGAUGCAACUGGUCACAUACCAAAGCGCCUACAACAAGCUUGACGCAUCGCUCGGCAAGCGCCCGCGCAAGGCCCUGCAAGAGAAGAUUGACAAAAUCUUCAAGGACAUUGACAUGAAGUCCGACCAAAUCUACGCUCUUUACGAUGUUCUAGAGGGCCAAAAGCAAGAUGGUCGUGAGAUGACCGAGCAUGAAAUGGAAGCAACCCUUGAGUCAAUUGGAAUUGAUGUCGACAUGUCCCAUGCACCUGAUGUCACUGGUACUACCGACAAGUCUUCUCGCCGCGGCCAGAUUGACUUGGAUGAUGAGGAGGAUUUGCCCUGGGAGGGUAUUGAGAGCACCGGUGAGAUGACCGGCCACCUUUCUAUGGGCGGUCACUGA